AUCGUCCAUUAUUUUUAGAGUUUAUAUGAAUUUUAAACAUUGCACCAUCUAUUGUCCUACAAUUUCCACUUUAAUUAUCUUUUUUUACCUAUAAUUAGAAAUAGAAGCUUCCCCAACACCACACUUCCACUCACACUCCCACUUCAAUUUUCAAUGGACGCCAUUUCUCCCUUUCCAAUAUGCUUUCUCAUACUCCUCCUAUCACUCCCACCACCUGCACGUGCUGACCUCCCCGGCACGUGGGAGCUUCUAAUCCCCAACGCAGGCAUAGCCUCAAUGCACACAGCAGUAACACGUUUCAACACCGUCAUCCUCCUCGACCGAACCAACAUAGGUCCAUCACGUAAACUCCUCCCAAAAAACAAUUGUCGUUUAUACAAAAACCACGCCGUUUCCAAACUCGAUUGUUACGCUCACUCAAUUCUCUUCGACCCAAAAACAAACCAACUCCGUCCUUUAAAAAUCUUAACCGACACGUGGUGUUCUUCCGGUCAAUUCCUCCCUAACGGAACGCUUUUACAAACCGGCGGUGACUUAGACGGGUUUAAAAAGCUCAGAAAAUUCAACCCGUGUGAUGUAAACGGGUCAUGCGAUUGGGAAGAACUAAACGAUGUCGAAUUGAGUGAAGGUCGUUGGUACGCUACGAAUCAAAUUCUUCCUGAUGGUUCAAUUAUCAUCAUAGGAGGAAGAGGUUCAAAUACUGUUGAGUUUUACCCUAAACGCAAAAACGACGUCGUUUUUUCGUUUCCUUUUCUUUCAGAAACGGAAGAUACACAAAUGGAUAAUUUGUACCCUUACGUUCAUCUUCUCCCUAACGGUAAACUAUUCGUGUUUGCGAAUACGAAAUCGGUUAUGUACGAUUUCGUCGAAAAUCGUGUGGUUAGGGUUUACCCGGAGUUAAAUGGUGGUCCGAGGAAUUAUCCAUCGGCGGGAUCUUCGGUGAUGUUGGCAUUAGAAGGUGAAUUUUCCGAUGCGGUGGUUGUUGUUUGCGGCGGUGCCGAAUACGGUGCGUUUAUUGAACGGAGUGUUGAUACGCCGGCGCAUGGUAGUUGCGGUCGGAUAAUGGCGACGGGAUCCGAUCCGGUUUGGGAAAUGGAAGAUAUGCCGUUUGAGAGAAUCAUGGGUGAUAUGGUUAUGUUACCAAACGGUGACGUUUUGAUUAUAAAUGGUGCUAUGAAAGGAACGCAAGGUUUUGAAUUAGCUUCCAAUCCGUGUUUGAACCCGGUUUUAUAUCGACCCAGUGAACCGAUCGGGUUACGGUUUAUGGUUUUAAACCCGGGUACAGUUCCGCGAUUGUAUCAUUCGACAGCGAAUUUGUUACCGGAUGGACGGGUUUUAUUAGCGGGGAGUAACCCGCACGUGUUGUACCGUUUCGAUGUCGAGUUUCCAACCGAGUUAAGAAUCGAAGCUUUUUCGCCCGAGUAUUUGGGUUUGGAUAAAGCGAAUAUUCGACCCGAGAUUUUGGAGAUAAGUGAAACGGUGUCGUAUGGUAUGAGUUUUGAUGUUGUGGUGAGUGUUCCUUUGCCUGUUGUGGGAAUUAUUGAAGUGAAUUUAGGUAGCGCGCCAUUUGCAACGCAUUCUUUUAGUCAAGGUCAACGUUUGGUCAAACUUGUUGUUAGUUCUGCUGUGCCGGAUGGUGAUGGGAGGUGGAGGAUUGGGUGUACGGCGCCGCCGAGUGGGAUGGUUGCGCCGCCUGGGUAUUAUAUGGCUUUCGCGGUUAACCAGGGUGUGCCAAGUGUGGCACGGUGGGUACACGUGUCGUAGUUUUAAAUUUUAUGUAUUUAUUUAAUUAAAGAAAAAUGUGAAUUGUAAUUAUUUUCUUUAUUUUGUUGUGUAGUUUUAAAACAGUAUGAAAGUUGGCAACGCUGAAUUCUUAAUGUGUUAGGUGAUAGUUGUUAUAAAAAAUAAAAUGAAAUGCGUUUGGUGAGAGUGAUAGUAUAAUUUAAUGAAAAAUAAUAGGGAGUUAUGUGUAAUAGUUAUUUGGAGUUGUAGGGUGUCGGUUACAAUUGUUGCGUCAAUUGAUGAGGACUCUGGCUAUUUAGGUCUUA